AUGGGUUAUGAUGUUGAGAGAUUUGUGGGCUACGUCAACGAGGGCUUGCUGUGUAGCGUGUGCCGGUGUGUGUGCGAGGACGCUGUGAUGUCGCCGUGUGAGCAUGUGUUCUGCAGGGCGUGCAUCAGCGCCUGGCUCUCCCAGCACUCCACCUGCCCUGAGGACCGCACUCACCUCACCCACACUCAGCUGCGGCCGCUCUACAGGUACAUGCGUAAUGACCUGAUGCGGCUCCAGAUUCGCUGUGUGUUCCACGUGCACGGCUGUGAUGUCAUCAACUCACUGGAGUCCUUGCACACUCAUGAGGCAGAUUGUGACUACUCUCUGCUGACAUGUAGCAACACAGGUUGUGAGGUGCAGGUGUGUCGCCGAGACCUGGAGGCUCACCUCAGCGUGUGUGAGUUUGGCAGCAGAUUGUGCUUCGGCACAGACAAGGACACACACACCUGUGUCACAGAGCUCCGCACUGAGCUGCAGCUCCUGAGGGCAGAGUGUGUGUGUAAAGUUGAAGAGCUGAGGUGUGAGAUGGAGUCACGGCUGGAUUCCCAGCGAAGACACAUGGUGCAGAGAGAGAACUUAUUGAAGAAUGAAGUGGAGGAGCUUAAGGCCCAGCUGUCCUGUGUGAUGUCUGACGUGUGCCUGCUGCUGGCAGCGGAGCGCUCCCGUCGGCAGGAGCUGGAGAAGGCCGAGCUGGAGAAGGCAGAGCUCCUGGAGCUUCUGAAGGAGGGGCAGAGGCAGUCCACGCCCACUCACCAGGCCACGCCCACGCCAGGGGAGGGGCCCCGCAAGACCGGCCCACGCAGCCUCACUCUGGACUGCAUUAAGAGGAAGAGUAAAGAGGUCACGGUCAUCUAGCACGGAGCCAUUAAAACUUCACACUUGCUCUACAGAGCAUACGCCUAUCUUCCUGUAAAGACUGAACUGUGAAUGGAAAACAUCUGGAUAUCAAUGAAAUCUGACUUGGACUUGGCUGGCUGUAUAGAUGAAACCAACACAACCUCCAGGCUUUGGCAAGUUGUGCAUAAGACUUGAGCAGUGAGCUUCUGAGCUCAAAGGUUCCAUAAACGGGGUCUCAUUAUUCAAACGGUCAACACUGAGCUGUUUUUCUGCACAUAUAAACUUAUAGACAGACACACAUUGAAAGGAAAUGUCAAAUUCUGGUCCCUCUAGGAAUACACACAAAAUCAUCUCAUCUCCUGUAAACCAUUCGUCAGUAUUGUCAUGCUCACUGUGACUUCCUUUUCAUAACUUCACAUUUAAUCCCAGCCUGUCCAAAGACAGAGAACAAUUGCCACAAUUACUAACAUCUGAACCAGUAAUGUAUAGUUUGUGUGUGUG